GUAACUUUUGGGAUACUUCCGUUCAUAUCUAAAAAAUUUCUAACUUUUAAUGCAAAUAUAUCUAACCUAUGAUUUUUAUGUAAAAAAGGAUGCGUAUGGGUGUGGUGCAGACGAGAUUCCCAUUUCAGAAAUUCUUAAGGACUGUCGUGACGAGGCGUUUGUUUAUACAUUGUUUGGUAUAAUUCGAGAUCAAAAUCCAAAUGGUGGCAUACGUUCGUAAAGCUUGCAUCGAUCUUUAUAAUCAACAUCGUGUGGAUCCUGAAACACCUAUUGAAAAUACUCUUGGCGCUUUAGCAGAACUUGUUAAGGAAAGUCCUCGGACCCUUGAUAUCGAAACGAUUGGAAUUAUGGAAACGAAGUAUUUGAGAUGGAUUCCUAAUAAUAUUUAUUUAAUGAUAUCAGAUAUAAAGAACUUAUCCUUGUUUCAACCUGAAAAUUUUGCUAAAAAUCUAGAACUUGCAGAUAAUUUAUGUGAAUUUGAAAAUCUUGAAGUAGUAAAAGUUCAACUUAGUUCCGAAGAAUUAUCUGAAAUUAGGCAAAUAACUAUUUCUUUUGAAAUUAUUGGUGAAAGAUAUACCGCUACUAAGAAAUUAGUGAAUGUAUAA